GAAAUAUCCUCUGGUGCCCGGACGGGCUGAGAGAGCAGCAGGAUUUCAACGCCAAUAAACCUGAUGUGCUUCCAGGCAAGGAAGCCAAGCUAAGGAGGAAGGGGGUUGAAAGGGUUCCUCUUGGGCGUCUGUCAGACUUUUACUUCCUGUUGUAUGCAGAGGGGAUUCAACAUCAGCUGCAAGCCACCAAGGCCCUGGGUCCAGCCAUCUCUCCGGCAGGUCCAGACAACAUGAAGGCUACGCUUUUCUUCCUGUACAUCUUGGGGACUGCAGCUGCAAUCCCGACAAAUGCAAGGUUUCUCUCUGAUCAUUCCAGCCCAACUCCUAUAACAUUGGUAACACCAGACAAUGCUCAAGCCCCCAGUGCUGGGGUUGAAGCUGCAGCAGACAUAGAAAACCAUGCCAAUGAUAAGGCUGAAAACCCCACAGCAUCAAAAUCAGAAGAGGAAACCUAUGCACAGUCAACAGAACAGGACAAAACCUACAGCCAUGAGGAGGACCUGAAGGAUGAGGAGGACAGCGAUGGUGAUUUGAGUGUGAAUUUGGAAUAUUCACCGACGGGAGGAACGAUGGAUAUACAAGAAGGUACAAGUGAGCCGCCACAGAGAAAGCUCCUAGAAAACACCGAUCUCCCUGCUAUUGCCUCUACUUCCUUUGUGGAUUCUAACCAACGUGCAAACAUCACAAAGGUGGAGGGAAGCCAAGAGCAACCUGUAGGUGACGACUUGACCCAGCAACUGAACAAGAGCAGUAAGCGUAACCUAGACUUAAUGAAUGAAGAAAGCCAGGAACAAGUUCCAGGUGCUCCCCGAGAAGAAGAGGAAGAAGAAGACCCAGAAGAUGCCGAUGCUCCCAGUGAUAACCGAGAAAGAGAAAAAGAACCUCCUGAGGAGCAGCCUGUCAGCAAGCAGGAGGAGAACAGUGACCAAUCUGCUGAUACCUUAGAAGAGUCCAGUCAACCAACUCAAAUAAGCAAAAUGCAGAAGAAUGGAUUUGAGCAAGGAAACCAAGGGCAAGAGGGUAAUGCAGAAGGGGAGGACGACAAGACAGCAAGCAGCAAGAAGCACAUUCAGCAUACAGAGUGGCAGGGCCAAGAAGGAAAAGCUGUCCUUGAAGGUACUGGUAGCCAAAAGGACAUGGAUGAAAAGACAGUUUCCAUAGAACCUACUGAUGAUGGCACCAUGGUGACUAGGAAUCAUGGAGCCAGUGAUAAUGGGGACAAUGAUGACGCUAAGCGUGGUGCAAGUGACGACUAUUUCAUCCCAAGCCAGGAGUUCCUAGAAGCUGGAAAAACGCAUUCCCAUUCCUAUUACCUCAAACACACUGAGGAAGCCGCAGAUGGGAAUGAGAAUGUAGACAAAAGCGAGGCUGGAGACAACCAGGGGGCCAAGAAAAUCGAGAGCUUACCAAAUGUUGGACCUUCGGAUGAGGACAACUUGAGGGGACACAGUGCUGAUUCUUGCAUGAACUUCCAGUGUAAAAGGGGACACACUUGCAAAGCAGAUCAGCAGGGGAAACCCCACUGUGUUUGCCAAGAUCCAGAGACCUGCCCCCCUGCAAAAACCCUUGACCAAGCCUGCGGCACUGACAACCAGACUUAUGCCAGCUCCUGUCACCUGUUUGCUACCAAGUGCAGGCUUGAAGGGACCAAAAAGGGACACCAACUACAGCUGGAUUAUUUUGGAGCUUGCAAAUCUAUUCCUGCUUGUACGGACUUUGAAGUGACUCAGUUUCCCCUGCGGAUGAGAGACUGGCUCAAAAAUAUCCUGAUGCAGCUUUACGAACCGAAUCCCAAACAUGAUGGUUACCUAAACGAAAAGCAGAGAAACAAAGUCAAGAAAAUUUACCUGGAUGAAAAAAGGCUCUUGGCGGGAGACCACCCCAUUGAACUUCUCCUGAGGGACUUUAAGAAAAACUACCACAUGUAUGUGUACCCUGUCCAUUGGCAGUUUAAUGAACUGGACCAGCACCCUGCAGACAGGAUCUUGACUCAUUCCGAACUUGCUCCUCUGCGAGCUUCCCUGGUACCCAUGGAACACUGCAUAACCCGCUUCUUUGAGGAGUGUGACCCCAACAAGGAUAAACAUAUCACCUUGAAGGAAUGGGGCCACUGCUUUGGAAUUAAAGAAGAAGACAUAGAUGAAAACCUCCUAUUCUGAAUUGAGAUGUGAAAGAAUGGAAACUUCCCAGCAGCCACAUCUGCUUUAAAAGCAUCUGAGUACAUGCAGCCAUGACACUAUAGAUUCAUAGUUAGCAAAAUGUUUGUUUGCAUGUGAGAGAAGACGGCGACACUAACUGCUUGAUAGUGAUAAGCAUGUGUCAGGCUUUAACAUUACCUUAGGAAAUAAAACUUUAAAAUUAAGUAGUGUCAGUGUCUACAAAAGACUGUAUUGUCUGGGAACAGUUCAACUCAUAGCACCCCGUCACUCUGCAUCUACUUCUAUCAUUGGUAAUUAUAAAACAUGGAAAAUGUGUUCGUAUUGUCCAUAAAACCUCAUGCAUGUUAAGGAAGUGAAA